AUGGAACAAACUAGGAGUGAUACAGACUUCUUUCUCUCUACAGAUGAGAUAGUUUCUAGUUUACCGCUGCAGAUGUCCCUCUACUUCAACGUUUAUUUUUUCCCAUUUUGGUGGCUCAGCACAGUUGUCAUGCUCCAUCUGAAGUAUCCAGUCUUGUCAGAUUACUACAAGUUCAUCCUGGUCACAGUCAUGAUCCUAGCCUCUCUAAUAGAGGUCAUUCGACUCUACCUGGGAUACAUGGGCAAUCUGCAGGAGAAGGUCCCUGAGCUGGCUGGGUUUUGGCUUCUGAGCCUCCUCCUGCAGUUGCCUAUAAUUCUCUUCUUGCUAUUUAAUGAGGGUCUGAACAUUCAGCCGCUGGAGCGAGCAGUCCACAUCAUCUUCGCCGUCUUCCUCACCUUCCAAGUCAUCACAGCUUUUGUCACCCUGAAAAGAAUGGUGAACAAACUGGCAACUCGCUUCCGCCUUAAUGAAUUUGACCAGCUGGAGAACCAUCCUGUGCCUGAUUUUUACAGCCUGGGUGGAGAAGAGGGAGCAGUUUCCAUGGCUGGUAGGGGCCCCAGCACUGGCUGGGGAUCACGCGCCAAGGGUGUGAGAAGCUAA